UUAAGGUGUGAUAGUAUGGAAGAAUGACAGGGAUGUUUAGAAGGUUUACCAGUCAAAGGGGUAAUGCACAAAUGCUCUGAAAUUCGAGCGUGUAUUUGAUUUUUGUCAUUGUUUAGUACGGCAGUAAUUAUGAAUCCAGUAAAGUUGAAGAGAUCAUCUGCGAUCAUAAAGAUAUUGUAAGCCUCGACAUAAAUCAAUCCCAGUCUGGAGAAGUCAGCAUCCGCAUAAUUAGAAAGAACUUGUCUCCCGAGGUCGUUUUCUUCGAGGAUUCUAUGAUAAAAGCGAAAAGUCUUAUGACAUUGAUUGAUGGCUUUUAUCGUUUGCUUGUGAACCCAUACAAAACCUUAAUGAAAUGUGGAUCUGGUCAUAAUAAAUCAUAUGGAGAACUCCAUCAGCAAUUUGGGAUCCAUGGACCGAUUGAGCAAAAGAUGGUUGAUAAUCUCUUAAAGGCGGUAAAAACAGAAAACAGCAAUCCAUCUGGUGUUUAUAUGAUACGCCAAAGUCCCAAACAUUUUGACAGUUAUAUCCUAUCACUCAUUCACGGCAAUGAAAUAAAGAAUUACGAAAUAUUAGUCGACAAUGGCAAGUACUGCCUAAAGAAUGGGCCCAUGUUUGACAGUAUCGUAAAACUUGUGGAGUUUUAUAAGACUGAACAGAUCGGUUUUCCGACUGUACUAACGAAAUAUUGUCCAGUCCCAACGGAAGAAUUGCAGUUUCGUGAGUGGAAAUGCAUCGAUAAAUCUACAAAACAUAGAAAUUUAAUAUUAAAGUUGAUUCAAUAUGGACGCAAUCGGAAUACCGAGGUUAAACUGGUUGGUGAUGUACGUGUGAUUUUUUCCGACGAGUUUUGCAUUGGCAAAGGAAGCAACGAAACCCGUGUUUUUUUGGGACUGAGAAAGGAUGGUUACUGCAAAGCAGUAAAACGAAUACUUAGAGAUAACUGUAUCAAGAGUGCGCAACAAGAAAAGAAAAUUUUGAAUGAAUUCAACGCAAAGAGUCAAAAUAUGUUGUGAAUUAUUCCUACUUAGAUGAGGAUACUGGAACGGAAUAUGUCUAUUUAAUAUUAGACUUAUGCGAAGAAUCAUUGGAGAGUUUUGUGAAGCUUUCUACUUUGCCUGAUCUUGAAAAAGCUCUUCCAGAAAUUCUUACACAAAUUUUAAAAGGAUUAGCUGAUCUUCACAGCGGCCCAAAUCCUAUUCUUCAUCGAGAUUUGAAGCC